GGAAGUCGCCUUCUACGAUUCCUCGUGGUGUAGAAGGUGGAUGGCUGAAGGAACUUUUAGGUUUGUGGAAGGCAAAAUCCAAACAUCUCACAAAAACAGUCUGAGAUGCCACCCAUAGCUAUGGAGCAAGACUUGUCAUUAUCCUCUGAUUCUGAAGAAUCUAUUAUAGCAGAUCAAGAGCUACAGGAAGCAUUUGCUAAAGGUUCAUUGAAACCAGGCCUAAAUGUUGUAUUGGAGGGACGACCAAAAACCUUUAAUAAUGUGGAUGGAUUGAAACAGUGCUUGUCUGAAUUCCAAAGAAACCUGGCCUGGGUCGAAAGGCUUGAUGUUACCUCUCCCCUGGAAACAAAUGUCACAAGUGCAGCUUCUAAGAGCACAGUUGAAAAGGAUGCUAUUGACCCUGAGGAUGACUUUAAAAGAGAAAUGAACUUUUAUCAUCAAGCCCAAGCCUCUGUUCUGGAAGUAUUACCUCGGUUACAUAAGCUUAAAAUCCCUACAAGACGGCCUGAUGAUUAUUUUGCAGAGAUGGCAAAAUCUGAUCAGCAGAUGCAAAAAAUUCGUGAAAAGCUGAAGAGCAAAAAAGAAGCAAUGGAAAAGUCUGAAAGAGCCAAACAACUCCGUGCCCUAAGAAAAUACGGCAAACAGGUUCAAACUGACGUGUUGCAGAAAAGACAGAAAGAGAAAUCCACAAUGUUGAAUGCAGUCAAGAAAUAUCAGAAGGGUCUCUUGGAUAAGCUGGAAUUUCUGGAAGGUGAAAAAUCAUCAGUGCCUCAGAGGAAGAAGGAAGGAACAGAGAGUCAGCCAAUAAAGAAAGGACCAAGUGCAAAAAGACGCUACAAGAAUCAAAAGUUUGGCUUUGGUGGUAGGAAGAAAGGGUCAAAAUGGAACACCAAGGAAAGCUAUAAUGAUGUGUCCAGCUUCCGUGCUAGCAAAGCCCACAACAGGGGAACUGGGAAAGCAGGAAAAAAGGGUGCCAAAAAGAGGCCUGGCAAAAAGAUGAGGCAGAAAAUUAAGAGCCGUUCCUGAUAAGGACUGGAAAUGGAUGACAUUUUGAGCCCAGCUUCUUCCACAAUAUUGGCAUACAGCCAUGAACUGAUAUUGGAUUUGAACCUGCCUAGCCAGUGGUGUGCUGUGGAAUGCAGAUGCUUCUGUCUGAUCCUGAGCACAAUACUAUCAUACACAAAUAGCAAACAGAUGCUUUUGGUUGCCUUUCUUUCAGACUGAUUUGAUAAUUCUUAAAUUAAAAAGUGUUGACAGUUUGAUCAUUUCAUCCUUCCUCUUUAGGUUUGGAACGAUGCAUUCUGGGAUAUUUGGGGAGGAUACCAGAGUCCUUCAGCUCUUUGCCUAUCAUGCAAAAGCAGUGUUGUGCCUGUAUUUUGGCCACUUCAUUACUUCCUUCACAUAAUGGUACCUGAUUUCUCUCUUAAGCAUCAUGAAUUGCUGCAUUAACUACUUACAAGUACUCAGAGAGUUGCUGUAGUUAUGGAUGACAAAUUCAUUGCCUACGUAUCUAUCAUAAAAACGAUAGACAUAUAAACACACAUACAGGCAAGUAAUUUGGGAACAAGUUUAUUGCAAGUACUAAAUGUUCAAACAGCAAGACAGCUUCCUUGCUUAAAAUAGCUAACUACAAUGACAAGAUGGUAAUCUAGCAGGCCAGAAAUCCUAAAUGAGGUUUAAUGUCUUGACAACAAAUUCCCUUGAAGUUACUAUGCCCUUAUUUGCUACUUUUUGUCAUCUCCUUCAGGCGCCACAUAGCUUCCAUGUACUUGGUGAUUUCAGUGUUCCGAUUUGGGAAUGACAGCCUAGUAUCGUUCCGGUUGAUACUUGUCUGUAAAAGAUAAUAUAAUUAUAAUAUAUUUGGAAUAAAAAGGAGGAACAAGGUG